UUAUUUUGCGUGGUCUGUCCAUUUUACCCAGUUUCAUUUUUACACUGAACUGUUCCAUUAAAAUCACUCACUUGUUUAAUGUAUAUAAGAAUGUUAAGGUUAUCUUGGCGACCGUUGGUUAAAUGUCAUUCACCCCCCUGUGAUUACAAUAACUUACAUGUUAACCCCAGGCCAGGUCUGCUGUUAGCCCUGACCCAGGGUACUUCUGUAUGAGCACCACUUCAUAGUCAUCAUCUUCUGCUGCUUCUUCUUUCUUCUGGGCCGGUGCAUCAUGUGAAAAAUACAUCUUUUUGCUAAAAGUUGGUCUUUUAACUGUGAAUACGCACCUGCCGAGAAGAAGGGAGAAGCAAAGAUUGCAAAGUGGUGUUUUUACAGAAGUACCCUGGGGCAGUGAAGUUUUAUGUAAAGAGAAGAGGGUAUUGGGUAAGUGAUGCAAUCACAGUAAUUUUAACUUUACUUCUGCUUUAAAGGUCAACUACUUUGUGAAAGCCCUGGACAAGGUGCAUUUUGACCAGUACCUUGAGAUUUUGACCAGUACUGUAUAUCUAAAGGCCUGUGCUGAAAUUGUAGGCAUAGCUGCACGUUCAUUACUUGCUAUCCAACAUUAUUAUUAUUAUUGCUGUUAAUGGCAGGUCUCUACAUCUCAUUCACAAAACAGAAUGUGAUGCUGGUCCCAACACUGAUGAUGUAGCAUUUUUCCAUUUGUAUAUUUUGUCUUGUUCUCUGCAUGUUAUGAUACAUCAGUACACACUAUAUACUGAAUUUAGGGAGAAAGCCUGCAUGCAUAUGCCUUGCUGUUAAACCUGUUUGAUAUAUUUGCACUGAUUACUGUUGUGAACAUUUCUACCCAGACACCAGGAGCACACUGAAGCCUGGCAACUGUUCACUGAAUUCUGGAGCACUACAUUCUCUUGCUUUCUUGCAUUAAUUACAGCACAAAUAUUUUGGUGUGGUGAGAGAACAGUGGUGAAGGAAACAGCACUGUAUAGGGACAGUCGCUACCUCUCUGUUUGAUUAUGGGUGUAUUAUGCAUUAUAUGCGAUAAGAUUGCUGGGUUCAAGUUUUUUUUAUAAAAGUGUUUGUUGUGAAUAGUAUUCCCAAAGCUGUGACAAAAUGUGAUUACUGAUACAGACCGCUGCAGGUCCUGUUAACUAGUUUGGUCAGAGACACUAGAAACAAAAAUACAUUGCAGUUAAUAAGUAAGAAAAAUAAUGGAGCUAAACAUUUGGUUUAAAAUAUCCACAGUUAAUAUCAGUAAUUAAUAAGGAGUCGGUCUUUAAAAACAUUAGCACUAAUAAAUGUAUUAUAUAGUGGAACAUAGCAUUACAUAGGCAUAUUAUAAACAUAGCUGAUAAUCUUAAAGGGGUUGUUUACCUUUAACUUAAGUUUUAGAAUGUUGUAAGAGACGGAAAUAUCGAUAGUAGGGAGCCUGAAUAGAAAGAAAAGUAAUAAACAGUAGCAAAAACUAUAUUAUUGUAGCCUUACAGAGUAAUGCUCUUUUUCUAUUUUCUGCUACUAUUUUUAUAAUACUUUUUUUGCUGUCAGUGAUUUGAGAGCUGAAUAAAAGCAGUAUAGGGAAAGGCAAAUAAAUCCGCAACCAUAAAAAAUGAAGACCAAUUGAAAAUAUGCUAAGAAUAGGUCAUUCUGUAAGAUACUAAAACUUAACUUAAAGGUGGCCCCCCACUUUAAUGCAUUGGUCCCCAUGCAAUGUAGUUAAUGGGAGGAGAUGCAAAUAGGGUAAGUAUGGUUGAGGGCUAUGUAUGUGUUUUUUACGGUUUAGAUUAGUGCUGUCCAACUUUUGUGGUACAGAGGGGCUGGAAUUUUUCUGGCCUUCGUGGUGGAGGGGCUGAUAAUGAGUCAGUUUUGACCUCUCUCCUUUUUAAAGCCACAGCCAUGUUAUCACAACAGCUUUUAAGACCAUACCCACAUUAUUGGUGGUAGCGCAGCAAAAACCCACAUGGUUGGUACUCACUGUAGGGAUAUCACCCUUCGUUCAUAUGUAAAAGAAGUUUAUCUUGUCAUAUUAAGCAACACCCUUAAAUCCAUAUGCCUCCUUCUCUCCUGUGGGUAGCACAAAAAAAGCUAGUAUAUAAUUACACACCCAAGGGACACCCUAACAACUAUUUCCAAAUGUUAACAAGAAAAAACCUGCCAAGUUCUCCUCCCACAGAUAACAUAGGGCAGGCAGAGUAUGGCACACACUGGCAGCAUAGGACAGGCAGAGUAUGGUACACACAGGCAGCAUAGGGCAGGCAGAGUAUGGCACACACAGGCAGGGUAUGGCAGGCAGAGUAUGGCACACACAGGCAGCAUAGGGCAGGCAGAGUAUGGCACACACCACACAGGCAGUAAGGGGCAGGCAGAGUAUGGCACACAAGGGUAAGCAGUCACAGCAGCCAGAUAGAUGGGGGACACACCAUUUGGACAGCCCUUGUUUAGAUAUUUCAGAACCAAAGAGUGGUUAUUUCUAUGACCAUAUUUUCCAUAUAUUGGUUACCUCAUUAUGAGUUCUGGAGGACCAAAAUAAUAAUUGCAUUAUAUGCAGGGCAGCUAAAGCCCCAAUGAAACAUCUGUCCCUUGACUUUUCAGUAAAUAGAAGUUGUACAAAUCCCCCUAUAUAGAUUUCUAUCUGGGGUAAACUACUUUAUUUUUUGGGGGGACGUUAUAAAUGUGUUGUUUUGGGUAAGAUGGUAGUCCAGUAUCAUGGUGUCUAAUGCAAAUAAUAUUUUAUUCACUUGUCUUUCAGGGUUUUCUGAUAUGUCCUUAACGGUGCUGGCAGGGUAAAUUUGGUAUGACUAAAGUAAGCCAAUGGUUCACAACGAUGGCUUCAGAGACUCCUGGAUCUACAGUGUCACUGGUUGGACAAGGGUCUAUUUUAGAUAAAUCUUCACUCCACACGGUGGGGUGCUUGGGAAAAAAUGUUGACCCCUGUGCAGCUCCUGCUGAUGGAUUUUGCCCAGUAUGCAAGGCCAAAGGCCAGCUGCAAGCUCUCCGGACAUAUCGCUUUAAUUUCACUCAGUCUAUAUAUCUCUGUGCCAAUCCACAGUGCAUAUAUCCCUUGGGAUAUACACCUCUGGAUAACAUAAUUGCAAACACAGCAGAUCUACAGAAACACCAUAGCCCAGGAAAGCAGAAGAAGCGGUGUCUUUUAGACACCUCUGUAACAACUAACUGUGUGAAGAAGCAUAAGACUGAUUCUUUUGUCUCUGGAGAGUACAUUUCAGAAAACCUAUUUUUAUCUGCACAAAAUAAAGGCUACAAAUCAAUGUCUCCGUGUUUACCUAAAGAAUCUCAUACAAGUGUACCUGGCCCUUCAGAGAAUGGUCAGGAUGAGAGAAGUCAGCAGCAAUAUGGAAUGUGCAAAGUUUCAGCUUGCAAUUCUGCAAGUCCACAUGGUGACAGGGCACCUUCAGUUGAAUUUGCUCUGCGGGACUCAAACCAACCUAAUCACCCGCAGGAAGCCUUAAAUGCAUUUCACGAAGAAGCUGUGCAAAAUCAAGUUAUGGGAAUGACCAUUGCAUCAAUUAAUGGUCCUUCUCCUUUAAAAUGGAAUGUACCUGCUACUAAAGAUAUGCACACAUUAUCACAGUCGGUGAAUGCUGCUAAUGACCCACCAACAUGUAUAAACCAAAAGACAGAUGCUGGAAUAGCUGAGGUUUUAAAUGGAUUUACAAAGGCUGAAGCCAAUAUGUGCCAUUCAGUAUCUGUCCUUAGUACUUGUGCACCUUUAGGCUCACCUCGUUUAAGGCUUAGUGCUCUAAAGGAGGGACAUAAACAGAGUGAUAUACGGAGUGCCUCCUGCAGUAGUGCUUGUCUUGAAAAAGUAGCAUCAGAAACAGCUCUUGCCGCCAUGUCUGACAGCAACAUGAAGAAAGAGGAUAGUUUCAACAUGGCAUUUGAACUUUUACCGUCGUCUCCUCCAUUGCAUUCAUUUUUUGGGGCUUCACAAAAUGUGCACACAUCUGAAGAAUCAUCCUCUUUGCUUGGAACAGUGGGUCAAACAAAAGAAAAUACCAUAAGUGUUAAAUCAAUUGGAUCCAGCAAUGUUGUUCUUAAUGAAGGAAAGGGGGAAACCUCCCAGUUUACGAUAUUGUCCAAAUCACACAGUGAGGUAGAAGAUGUUCAGAAAGUGUGUGUACGUUUGCCCUCUUCCCCACUGCUUGAAACAGCUUUACAAAUGAAAGCGUAUGCCCACAGUGACAAGCUCAGUGCCUUCAACAAUAAUCCAUGUCUUGAGAAAGUAUUACCAGAGGCAACCCCAGUGGUUUUAUCAGAAACAUAUAGGGAGGUACAAGAUUGUUUUGGAUCUUUACCUUCAUCUGAUUUGCAUGAAAAUGAGCCUCCACUGGAAGAGAGAUCCCUGGUUGAUAAAUCUAAUAGCUCCAGAAAUUAUACUUGCCUUGAGAAAGUAGUACCAGAGGCAACCUUAUUGUUAAAAGAGUACUUUUCAGAAUCCUGUAGUAAGGUACAAGAUGAUGAGAAAUGUUUUGGAUCUUUACCUUCAUCUGCUUUGCAAAGAAAAAAUCCUCUAAUUGAAAAAAACGGACCGAGUGACAAAUCCAGUGCAUCCAGCAAUAAUGUUUGCCUUGAGGAAGGAGAACCAGAGGCAGUCCCAUUGUUGGAAGACUGUAAAAGUCAAACCCUUGUUGUACCUUCCACAUGCAGUCAAUUGUCCAUAACAGAUAAAAUAGCAAACAGUCUUGGAGUACAUAAUUCCUCAGAUUCAUGUCAGCUCAUCAGUGAAAUUCAUCAUGAUCAUCCAAGCGAUGGAAAUGAUCUCACUGUGUCCCAUAUUGCCUUCAAUGUUGGUGGUGCUGACAAAAUCAAUAAAGUUAAAAGCCUGCAGGUAACUCCACUUCCAGAGGUUAUAUCUACAGAACUAUGUAGGGGCAAGAGCAACAGUCAAAGCACUUGUGAACCUCCAUCCGUGCCAGUUCUGUCAUGUAAGCUUUCUUCUGAGCAAAAAGAUGAAGGUACAUUGAUGGAAUUGUCUAGCUCUUUACAUAGUGAAACAACUGAGGAGGAAGAAUGUGGAAAUAAAAUGGCUCUUGGAAGUUCAACAUUGGAUGGGGAAAUAUCUGACUAUAAGAAACUAAACAGUCAAAUUAAGCCUUUGCCACAAGCAAUAGAAAGCUUGGUCAUGGACACGUGUGAUAGCAAUCUGUGCAAUAAUAUUAAUUUAAAAGAUAGCAGCAAAAUAAUUUCAGAGGAAGCUACAGUACCACAUUGUUUUCAGCCAGAACAGCAUGUUGUAUACAGCCAUCCUAUGUCUGACCCUGCAGUUACUUGUGUGACUCAUGGCACUGGAUCUGAAAUGAAAGCAUUGGAUACACCAAGGAAGGAGUCUAAUCCAGUGUGUAAGGAACUCCGUGAAAGAAAUGUAAAUCCAAUGAAAGAAUUGUAUAUAUCUCUGAACAAUGCACCAACUGAUUUGUCUAACUCUUUGUGCAGUGACACUACUAAUGUGGAAGAAUCUAGGGAUGCCACAGCAAAUGCAAGUUCUUUAUCCAACGGAGAAAUAUUGCAUUUAUAUCACAAAACAAGCAGCCCAGCUCUUGUUGAUCCAAAAGCAGAAGCAAAUACAGUUUUAGGCUUGUGUGACAGUGUCCUCAGCAAAAACUCUACAAUGGGAAGUAGUGAUAGCAUUAAUCAGGAGAAAGCUAUAGCAACAACUUUUGCACACCCAGGACAGAGUGUGUUGUUCAGCCAUGGGGCAUCUACAAUUACAGUCUCCCCUGGUUUAUUUCAUAGUGCUGUACAGGCAUUAGAUGUUUCUGAUACACCAGAGUUGGGGUGCAGUCCUGUGUGUAAGGAACCCACUGUUGUACAAGAUAAAAGCGAUGGAUCCUUUGAUACUUCUUUGGGCCAUUUUGAAAGAGAAAAGCAAAAUGAGAGCUUUGAAACAGACAGUUCUGUAAUGCUUACUGAUGAUCACAUAAAGGACCCAAAGGAUGUAGAUGUUGUAUUGUCUUUGCCAGAGGGGAGCUUGGAAGAUUGCUGUCCCAAAAAAAAAUCAAACUGCUCAGAGAACAUGCAUGUAGCCUUAAAGGGUACCUCCACAAACCCUUCCCUUGAACUCGGUUCCCACGAUGCCCCGUGUGAAAAGAAGCUGCUUCAAUGGAGAAACACCCUCUUCCUCUGCUGGUUGGACUGCAUAUUGGCAGCACUGGUGCAUUCUGCUAGCCUGAAUAGCAUUGUGGCACAGCGAAGGGUUGCAGAAAGCUCAAUCAUUCACCUUCUUCUGGAGAAAUACAAGGAGGCCAAUGCAUUAAUAAAAAGCACAUCCAGACGAGGACGUCCAAAGAAUUUAUCUCAAGCUGAAAACAUCCUGAAUAAAGUGCGAAUGACCAUCUUUGAUGAAAUAAAGCCCUUGUUAAAGUGUGAAUUGGGAGAUAAAGAGAGCCCUGUGUUUGCUUUGCCGUUACUGCUGCAGCUGGUUCCAGAGAUAGAAUCCUGUUUUGUGCACUCAGGUGUAUGGGAGUUUACAUGCAAGCUAUGUGGCUACCAAUACCAAAAUAAGCACCAACGGACUGUGUCCACAUUCACUAAGAUCUUACCUGAAUGGACACCCCUAAAUGCUAUCCAUAAAGCUCCUUGCAACAAAUGCCUGGGUACAGAUCAGAUACGUGCUUUUCGUAUUAAAAAGAUCCAUGACCUAUUCAUACUUCACUUUGUGGAAGGCCUGCCAAGCAAUGAUUUAGGCAUGUACUCGUUUCACUUUGAAGGCUGCCUGUAUGAAGUAAAGACUGUCAUCCAGUAUAGUGAAGACCAUUUCUCAUCUUGGAUUGCUAAUGAGGAUGGCACAUGGCUGGAAUCUGAUGACCUGAAAGGGUAUUUCUGCAUAAAACAGAACUGUUUUGAGGUUCCUGCUUCAGAAAUUCAUAUUGUAAUAUGGGAAAAGAAGAUUACCAACAGCACUGGAGCACACCAUGCAAUGGAACCUGAAACAAAAAACAAAGCACUUAAUUCUUUAUCUACUUCACCUUCAUCUUUAUCUCAGACCCUGCACCUGUCUCCUUCAGCUGCUCCGAAUGCUGCAUCUUCACCUCUAAGAGAUGCUCCAAAUGCUUCCAGCGUACUCUCUGGAAUGGAGGGUUUUCAUGAUGACGACAUCAUAACGCUCACUCUCAUUGAAAUUCCAAUUGAUGCAUCGGGUAAUGUGAUUGAGAACAACUCUGAGGCAGCCCAGCAGCCAAGUCUCAUUGCUGAAACACAUUCAUCCCCUGUAACCCUCAAAGCAGUUGCUGAUGGGCAAUGUGAUCAAAAUCUAUGUUCUGGUACAAUGAAGGAAAGCUCUUUCGCUGGUGGUUCUCUUCCAGUUCCUAACAUUUCCAGCCCUCCUGCCCCUAACAUUUCCAGCCCUCCUGCCCCUAACAUUUCCAGCCCUCCUGCCCCUCACAUUUCCAGCCCUCCUGCCCCUCACAUUUCCAGCCCUCCUGCCCCUCACAUUUCCAGCCCUCCUGCCCCUCACAUUUCCAGCCCUCCUGCCCCUCACAUUUCCAGCCCUCCUGCCCCUCACAUUUCCAGCCCUCCUGCCCCUAACAGCGCCAGUCCCCCUGCCCCUAACAGCGCCAGUACUCCCCUCCCUAACAGUUCCAGUUCAAAAAAAGCCUUUGUUGGAAGUUGGAUGAAGAGUCUACUAAAUAAAAACCCUUUGUUCCUGACAUCUAAUGUGCCCUGUGCAAAUAAGAAAACUGUGGCAAAAACUCCAAUCCGAUUUCCCCUGCUGAAGACAACAGAUUUGCAGGCAUCUACUAAACAGGCCCAGAGCUUUGAUGGUUUUAAAGCUAAACGUGUCGGUAAUUCAUUCAGCUCGGACAAUUGCCUUGGUGUAGGUCCCACGAAGGAUAAUUCCACUGCACCCAAACCUGCCAUCUCUAGCCAAACGUUCCAGCCACUGGUUUCAAAUCGACUUAAAAAUGGGCGGUUAGGACUCGGUAAUACCAAAGACUUGGCAAAAAAUGUUUCUCUGUCUAAGGAGGAUAAGGUGCUUAGGCUUAGACUGAAAAUGCUGAAAAAGUUGAAGGCUAAGAAACAUGAAUUGGCCGCCAUAGAUAUGCUUGGAAAGUCACAGGCUGGUAGUGAUCUGGAGCGUAGCAGCACCAGCAGGCGUGAACAAUUACGCGGGUUCUUGCAGGAACUCCAAGAGCAAAUCGAUAAUGCCGACACUGAAUCAGUGUGCACUAUGAGCUCUUGCACGUCGAUAUGCAGCAGCCCAGGAGAUGCGGAAUUCUUUGCGGAAUUGUUCUCCCCACCCCCUAGCAACGCCCCGCAGGAGAGCAUGGAUGACAGUAAUUUUUUAGAGAUGUAUGUAGAUGGUUACAACCCCUCCUGUGGCAGUUAUGGAACCAGUAACCCAAGUGGCAAAGAGGUCUCACAGGACAGUGCUAAUAUCGGCCAGUCCAAUUUACAGCGUGCUUCCGACAGCCACAAUAACACUAACGUGGGGGACGUCUUCCAUGAUAUGCUGUCAACCUCCACAAUGCACAUGCUGAACGAGGAUUAUUUCUCACCUUUUGAUGAUAUGUUUUAACUAAUUGUGUAUUCACCUGCAUGAGAACAUGGGGCCCAAGCUAGGCGCAUGUGUGAGCUUGCCAGCAAGACCCAGCCUCUUCUACCAAGAGGUAUUUCUUUGCACUUAAAAAUGAAUAGUUCUCCCCUUAGAACCAUUUGAGUAUUGAGAAGAUAAUGAUUAAGAACUAAUGGGGGGGUAUGUAUGUUGUGUUGUUGUUCUACCCCUGUCCUUAGGAAAUGUUUUUAGUGUGGAAAGAUACUAUAUUUGUCAAAUUAAUAUUGUGAUCUAUUAAAAAAAACUGUAAAUAUUUGAACAGUA